AUGGCGCUAACAUCAAUCCCAAGUUUUUUCGUGAUUCAAUCCUCUGCUAGCAAGCUUUAUUUAACUCCAAAUACCACAGAAAAAAGGCCAUCAGGUGUUCUGGAAUUCAGCGAAGCUCGUAUAUUUAGUCCGCGUGUAAAGUUCGCAGCGGAGCAAUCAAAAAAGGGUGGUGAUGCUACCUUGGUACACAUAAGAUCUUGCUUCAACAAUAAGUAUUGGGUGCCACAUGAAGUUAGCAAAGGAGUAUUUGAGGUUGGCGCGUCCGCCAACAAACCACAGGAAGACACAACAGAUCCCGCAUGUACCUUGUUCCGUGUUUCUAUCCAUUCAGAUCCAGAUGGAACCUCGGGUUUUCGGUUUUUCCACGUCAGUACGUCUCUGUACGCAGUGAACUUAUCGGGCGGCUUGGGGAUGAUCACCGGUCCUCCUAGUUAUUCUACUUUCCCUGCGGUUGACUGGGAAACGCUUGUGAUACUUCCUGAUCAAGUCGCAUUCAGAUCUCAACAGCUAGGUGGCAAUUACCUUCGCUCCCGUGUCAUUGAUGGUUACAAUCAUAAUAGCUUUGAGUCUGGAUUGGACAUUGGAAAUCCAGAAGUAGGCUAUGAACUCAUUCCCGCUUCUCAUGGUAAUUACUAUCGUAUAAAGAGCUUGUCAUAUGGAAAGCUGUUGACGAGAAUAAACCCCGAGUGGAUAGCGGCUCAUGCUGAAGUUGAAGACAACUCUAAUGACACCUUGUUUUCAUUUAUCAAAGUAAGCGACAAUGUCUUUGCUCUUUCUUAUUUCGCCAACAAGAGGUUCUGCGGUGGAGCCGGAGCUCACAAUUGCUUGAGUGCGUCCUAUUCGCAACUAUCAAAAGAGACGAGGCUGAUAGUUGAAGAGCGCGUCCUGCAGAAAAAGAUCUCAAAUGUAAGAUACCGGCUCGACCACUCCAUUAUCUAUGAUGAGCAAGUUGAAGAGGUUGUUACUGAAUUUGCAACAAAUAUUAGCCCUGACAAAGAAAACAGUACCACCUUAGAAUUUACUCAAACCGAGUCCAUUACCGCUACAUGGAAUAACAGUCAGUCAUUGAGUAUUGGAGUAUCUUUGAGUGCUGGAGUAUCUUUGGGUGUAAGUUUCGAAGCUGAGGAGAUUCCAUUUGUUGCCAAUACGACGCUGGAGUUGUCAUUGUCAACUGAAUACGGAUCCUCGCAUGAAUGGGGAACGGCCAACACGAAAGAGCAUGAAUCAAAGGCAAGUUACACUGUUCCGGUGCCACCGUUAACUACAAUGAAGUUAUCGCUUAUGGUUUCCAAGGGUGCUUGCGACGUGCCUUUUGACUACACGGAAAGAGUCCUUCUUUCAAAUGGUGAAUGGGUUACAAGAGAAAAGGAUGAUGGAAUGUACAAAGGCCUCAACACCUUGAAAUUUGAUUUCCAUUCCUCAAAAGUGGGUUAUCAGCCUGGUCUAGGACAAGUGAUUGGUGACCAGUGA